UAAAGGUGCGGUUCUCCUAAGGGACCACAUCAUUUGAUCCAACCUACACCUCAUAUUAUUGAGCUUGGGUACUCCCAAAACUAAAAGGUGCGGUUCUCCUCUAGACCGCAUCAUUUCAUCCAUUCCCCCAGCCAAAAAAAAAAAUGAAUUUCAUCUUCCCUCCAUCCAUCCCUACAUUCCCUGUAAUUCCUCCUCCAUGGCUCCAUCUUAUCACAACUUCACCUCGUAUCUCUCUCUCAAUUUGAAAUACAACAACAAAACAACACAAAACUGAAAAAUUCUAGGGUUUCUCCUCAGGUUCAGGCUCAACAUCAGACGAAUUCGAACUAUACCAAAACUCUCAGAUCUGUGACGACAAAACCUGAUCACCUGUACAACUUUUUGGAUAUGUCCACUCAAAGCUCGCUUGGUUAUGGUUAUAUCAAUUGCGCCAAUGCUCAAGAUGAUGGUUUUUAGUUGGGGAAAAACUACAAGUGAUCAUAACCAAAAUGGGCUUGAGGAUUCAAGAAAGAGGUGCAAUGUUCAAGGGUAUACCCUUCGUUCAUCUCGCCAACGACCUUUUUUGGUUCAACCGCUCUCACCUCCUGCUCUAUUUUAUUCACUCUGUCCUCUUUCAGAAUGCAUAUCCGUUGGCUUUCUUUGCAUGGUCCGGGGUAAACCCACAAAUCAUAUGAAUACGGGCCGAAAUCAUGCUUCCAUAAGAACAAAGCCGACUUUGGAAUUAAGAUUUCAAUGGGGGUGUUUGUACUAAUAGCCUAAACACUAUGCAACCAUGUGACUUUAUGCACUAGUGACACAAAUGGGUUCAACCAUGAGCCUGCCAUGUUCAACGAUCAUGUGGUAGUAUUUUAACAUUUAAAUUUAAAGAUUGCAUUUCAUACGUACGUACACUUGCGUUUAUAUUUUAAACUUUAUUUUAUUAAUCUAACGUUAUGUUUUGUUAGACAAUUUAUAUGGUUCCGGUUGAAAGUAUGAAUUGAAGAUGUUGGUUUGGGUUGCAAGUACGUAGACAUUGGUUCGGGAAGUUAUUGUAUAUCGCUUUCAUCUUUAUAGAUAUACGUAUUUGUGUUUUUUGAAACCUUUGUAAUUUACAUUGUUGAAUUAUGUUAUAUUGGGUUUAAUUUAAUUUUGUUUUUUGUA